GGCAUCUCUUGCGUCAUUCGGCCGCGCCCAGGCUCUCCGCGACGGCUUUCGGUCCCGGCGCGGCGGGGGUCGCAGGUCGUCAGGGCCAGGUUCUCCUCGCUGCUCCCCCAUGGAGGAGGCGGUGCGCACGGCUGCAGCCCCGGAUGCUCUCGCCUCCUUCUGUACGGCGACGAAGGCGCUGGCCGCGGGAGCUCAAGAGGCGGCGGCCCCUGCGGCCUGUGUGGGCGUGUAAGCGGAGGUGACCAGGGCCAGAUAGCGGCCCCUUCCAGCUGGGGCCGGAGCUACUCUGCCAGGGUUUAAAACUUUAAAUGAGAAUAAAGAGUAUUCUUUACAAGGAAAUGAAAGUGAAUAAGUCAUCUCUAACUGCUUCCAGACUUUUUUUUCAUGAGAGAGACCAUAUUAAACUUACAUUUCAUUUGUCGGCAGAGUUCAUGAGUUGGCCAUUUGAAAAAAGAUGUGCAGUCUUUGACUUGAAGAUUGCAUAAUCCUGCCUCCAGCACCAGUGGUUUCUCUGUUUUGUGAUCAAUGUGACUCACAAGAACUUCUUUAGUAACAAACGAAAUGAUCCAGGGGCGUGGAAAAUAUGACUUUUACAUUGGUCUGGGAUUGGCUAUGAGCUCCAGCAUUUUCAUUGGCGGGAGUUUCAUUUUGAAAAAAAAAGGUCUUCUGCGACUUGCCAGGAAAGGCUCCAUGAGAGCAGGUCAAGGUGGCCAUGCAUAUCUUAAAGAAUGGUUGUGGUGGGCUGGAUUGCUAUCAAUGGGAGCAGGUGAGGUGGCCAACUUUGCUGCAUAUGCCUUUGCACCAGCCACCCUAGUGACUCCAUUAGGAGCUCUCAGCGUCCUAGUAAGUGCCAUUCUUUCUUCAUACUUUCUAAAUGAAAGACUUAAUCUUCAUGGGAAAAUUGGAUGUUUGCUAAGUAUUCUAGGAUCUACAAGUAUGAUCAUUCAUGCUCCAAAAGAAGAGGAGAUUGAGACUUUAAAUGAAAUGUCUCACAAGCUGGGAGAUCCAGGUUUUGUGGUCUUUGCAACACUUGUGGUCAUUGUGUCAUUGAUACUAAUCUUUGUGGUGGGACCUCGCCAUGGACAGACAAACAUUCUUGUGUACAUAACAAUCUGCUCUGUAAUUGGAGCGCUUUCAGUCUCCUGUGUUAAGGGACUGGGCAUUGCAAUCAAAGAGCUGUUUGCUGGAAAGCCUGUGCUGCGACAUCCCCUGGCCUGGAUUCUGCUGCUGAGCCUUAUAGUCUGUGUGAGCACACAGAUUAAUUACCUGAACAGGGCACUGGAUAUAUUCAGCACUUCCAUUGUGACUCCCAUAUAUUAUGUAUUCUUUACAACAUCAGUUUUAACUUGUUCAGCUAUUCUUUUUAAGGAGUGGCAAGAUAUGUCUGUCAAUGAUGUCAUUGGUACUUUGAGUGGCUUCUUUACAAUCAUUGUAGGAAUAUUCUUGUUGCAUGCCUUUAAAGACGUCAGCUUUAGUCUAGCAAGUCUCCCUGUGUCUUUUCGAAAAGAUGAAAAAGCAAUGAAUGGCAAUCUCUCUAACAUGUAUGAAGUUCUUAAUAAUAAUGAAGAAAGCUUAACCUGUGGAAUUGAACAACACAGUGGUGAAAAUAUCUCCCGAAGAAAUGGAAAUCUCACAGCUUUUUAAGAAAAAUGUAAUUAAAAGAUUAAUCUAUAAUUGUGUUAUAAAGUGAAUUUGAAUAUCAGAAUGUGUCUGAAAAAGCAUCGUUCUCAAAUAAUGUUCUCUAGAGACAAUCUUUUUUAAAGUUUCACUGAUUUGGACCAAGAAAUUACUUUUCUUAUAUUUACAUGAUGGUAGCUCCCUAAAAUGACCUCAGUACAUGGCCAAUUUCUAUUAACAUUAUAUUAUUAUUAUUAUAGAGGUAUUUUAAAUUUUUCCUUCACCAAAAUCUAAAUGUACUGACAGUUUUAAGUCUAUAAAAAUGCUUUAUUUUUUCAUUGGUGAUGAAAAUCUGAAAUGUAUAUUUGUCAUCCCCACUCCAUCAAUCCCUUGAAGGCUUUUUGAUUUAAAAAGGAACAAAAUUUUCCUAAUACAUUAUCCUGGGAUUUACCUUACCUAUAAAAAUGACUCCUGUUUGAUGAAUUAUUUUAAUUAAUUUUGAAAUGUUUAAGAUAAUCCUAAAUUAUUGAAUGCACUCAAUUUACCAAACCAAAAAGGGGAAGAAGUUGCCCGAUAGGAGAUGUUUCUCAAACUGUGACUUCUCACCACACAUUUGAUGGUCUUCCUACUCCUUGAUGGCACCUUGUUAAACCAGCGCAUCCUGCAUCUGUCACACUGCAGCCUGACUGGUUUUAUUCUUCACUUUAAUCCCUUGGUACCUGGAGUCUUGAUUUGCCAUUGUACAUCAACUCUUGUACUUUUCAUUAUAUUUUCAUAAUGAGUUAUAUUGUCAUUUAGAUCUUUUAACAACUCUGGGAAAUAAAGUCAAAAGACUAAUUUCUUAAAUUUAGCUCAUGUUACAAUAAACAGACAAGUUGAAACAG